AAGAAUUACAAAGUGAAUAUAACCCUUUAUGCUUUGAACGUUGGUUACUCUAUAAAGAUAGAACACUAUAUCCAACUGAUAAUUUUGACCCAAGAAAGAAAGAUAAAAAUGAAGACAUACUAAAACAAAGACCAAUAGGAAGAUCAACAAUAAACUUAUUAGAUGCUGCAAUAUUAUCAGCUUUGCUAAUAGAAAGAAAAAAUACAACUUACCAUACACGGCAACAAAUAAAAAAAGAUAAAAUAUUACUAGAAUUAACAGAUAUACACACGUAUAUUGAAAACUUCUUAUUAAACCUAAACAGAUUAGAAAAAGAAUUUUUUAUACCAAUUGAAAUAAUAAGAAUAAUACAAGCUUCGCUUGUAUCAAUACAAUUACUUUCACAAAAUGAAGGAGUAACAAGAAAAACAUCAAUAUUAUUAGGAGAACAUUCAACUGAAACUCAACUAGAAUUAUCACCAAAAGCAAUAUAUGACGAAUACCAUUAUAUCAUCGUAAAGAAAAUAAUACUACAAUCAGAAUUUCAAGAUCACGAAGACUAUAUUAAAACAUUUUAUGAAGAACUGCAUAUAAACAAUCUCAUACAACAAAUAAUUCAAUACUAUCAAACUGCACGAAAUAACUUAGAAGAAUCUGAAAAAGUUUAUUAUACAACCACCAGAAUAAUAAAUCUACAGGAAAAACUAUUAAAAACAACAACAAAACAAAGUUAUUACUUAGAAACAGAAUUCAAAAAAAUCAAGAUAAAACGAUUAGAAGAAAUACUAUUAAAAGAAUUAGAUUACUUAUUUUAUAACCUUCUAUCAGAAAAAUUAGUAAAAGAAAGAAAAAUAAUUGGAACAAUAGAUGAAUAUACGUGGAAAACUAUAAAUAACCACGAAUAUAACGGAUAUAAUAAUAGACUUAUAGCCCAUAACGAUAACGAUUACAAUUCAGAAGAAAACCAUAGACAAUAUACAAUUGACUUAAUAGAUCAAUACGAACAAAAUGGAACAAACAAUAAAACUAUCCCAAGAAAACAAGAAUACCCUCAUGAAACUUUUGAACGGAUAGCAGAAAGAGAAGCUUUAGAAGAAACAGGAAUACUUCUAUUCCAAGAAAAACUAAUAUUAAUAGGACAUAGUUACUAUCCUCCCAAAGACACUAAUGGAUAUAACACUACCAAUGCAACCGAAAUAAAAACAUACAUACAUCCUGCUAACAACCAAGAACCAAUACAAAUGGAACCACAUAACCAUGGAACAUGGAAAUAUUAUACCAAAGCAGAAAUACUUGAUCGAAUUAUAACAACACCCGAAUUACAAUUACAACUUAAUACCAUAUUUUAUACAAUAGAAAAUUACCAAACAAUAUUGGAUAUACAAUACCGACAAGAAAUAGACUCUGAAAACGAAGAACAAUUUGAAAAACUAAAAUUACCCAACCUCACUUUAGAAGGAGCUACCGAAUUUGUAAAUAGAUCAUUUGAAAAUAUACAAAGAGAAAUUAAUAAUAAACUUAGAAAUAAUAACUUCCCCUAA